CUCGACUAGCUUUUUUUGCGAGACACUUUCCAUCCAAGAAUCUAACUUCCAGAUGUCGAGCACAGCUCAAGCGCUCGAGAACGCUAUUGGUUUCGAGUAUGACGACCAGGUUGUUGGUUGGAACAAGCGGGACGUUCUGGUAUAUGCAAUAGGAAUCGGUGCAAAGAAAUCGGAUUACAACCUUGCCUAUGGUGCGUUGCAUUACAAAUCGUUCUCUGUAUUUCCCACAUUUCCAGCUACAUUUUUUUUGAAAGGCGAUGAUCAGGAUAUCAAUCUAUUCUCCGAUCGAGUGAGCUCCUCUCGCCCCGUCCCGGGCCUCCCAAAGUUUGACCCGAACCGUAUUAUUCAUGCAACGCAGACAAUCGAGAUUCUGAAGCCUUUGCCCCUUGCAUCUGGCCCGGGAUGGAAGAUGAAGAAGCGCUUGUCUUCAGUUCAAGAAAACAAGUCGGGUGUGAUCAUGGAAAAUGAGAUCACUCUCGUUGACCCUCAUGGAACAGCUUAUGCUAAGCUUUUCUCCUCUUCUUUCAAUCUGGGAGCCAAGAUCACCGGUCAACGCUUUGCUAAAUCGAUAGCAGCGCCUCCCAAAGCAAAGCCUGUUCCCAAGGACCGCAAGCCCGACUGGGUCGUGCAAGACCACACAACACCUGAGCAAGCACUCAUUUACCGUCUCAGUGGCGACUACAAUCCUUUGCACAUCGAUCCCCGCAUUGGCCAGGCUGCGGGUUUCGGCGGCGUCAUCUUGCACGGACUCUCUACUUACGGAUUUGCGGCUCGCGCCAUCGUCUCUGCAGUCGGGAAUAGCGACCCGAAUGCACUCAAGUACUUUGGCGUGAGAUUCACAUCGCCUGUUAAGCCCGGCGAUGCACUUGAGACGUCGAUUUGGGAGUUGGGCGCGGGUCCUGAUGGGACGACGGAGGUGGCAUUUGAGACGAAGAAUACGACAUCAGGAAAGGUGGCUAUUGGAAGCGGGUUGGCGUAUAUCAAGAAGACAGAGAAGACUAAGCUGUGAAGGCUCUGUUGUUUCCAGGAGGACGCGCUGUCUGCAGAUCUACUAGUGCAAACAACUUAUGUACUGUCGGCAUCACUGAUAGCUUCAAUUUGGAAAUGCUAGUUCGAGGUUUUGAUACGCAUCUUGUGAGACCACCCCAAUCUCGAUGGCACUUGGAUGAUGGUCUACGGUUACAGCAGCGAGUUGAAUCGCCUGGGCUUGGGAUUUUUAUCUACCUCAAAUGUGCAGUUGAGGGCUCUCAUGAAUCAGCUAAUCAUAUACUUCGUGGUACAUACGAUACACAUGCCCUCGCUCAAGGGACUAUUUAUUCUUCGUUCACAGAAUGUAUCUGAAAUCAGGAGCACGGUCGCCCAGUUCUCUUAACUGCUUGUCUGUAU